GUCGCUGGUUCACGACGAACAGGAACUGCUUUUAGCUUUUCUAUCCGUGGUUGUAAGUGAAAUAAGGCCAGUCAAAAUGCAAAGGUCUCUUGCGAACAUCGUUUUAUUUUCAUCUCUGCAGGUUUUGUUCUCGUUCACGUGUGCUCAAGAUGUUGUCGAAGCAGCCAGCGGGAAAGGCUUUGGAGAUAACAUCCACUGGAGGACGCUGGAUGACGGCAAGAAAGAAGCUGAGACUAGUGGGCUGCCAAUCAUGCUCAUCAUCCACAAGACCUGGUGUGGAGCCUGCAAAGCACUGAAGCCCAAAUUCGCUGAGUCCAAGGAAAUCUCUGAACUUGCACACAACUUUGUUAUGAUCAACCUUGAGGAUGAGGAGGAGCCAAAGGAUGAUGCCUUCAGCCCUGAUGGUGGAUACAUUCCUCGGAUUCUUUUCCUCGACCCCAGUGGUGAAGUCCAUCCUGAACUCACCAACAAAAAUGGGAAUCCAAACUACAAGUACUUCUACAGCAACGCAGAACAAGUUGUGUCCGGGAUGAUGGAGGCGCAGGAGAAGCUGACGGGCGACGCCUACAAGCAGGGUCACACUGCAGACGAGCUGUGAGGAGGCGGAGCCGGGCAUCGGGCUGCAAGGCCACACUUCAGCUUCAGAGCGCCUUGUCUCACUUUCAAAUGAUAUUCAUAUUUUAGGCGCUGAACCAAGCCAACCAUUAAAACCGGUGCUUGACUAUUUCUUUCUGUCUUGUACGUUUGUUUUUUUUCCAACACAACUACUCGUUUUCCUGUCAUCGUCUUUUGUUUUAAAACAUGUAUAUCUGUAAUCUACUGUUAUGAAAUGCCAUGUACUGUACUUACUGCCUUUAGAGGCCGUAACCUACUUAAGCUAGCCAAGUAACUCAUUUUUGUACACUGUUGUAUGGCAACAUCACAUCUGGGAAAUGCCACGUUUAAGUAAAUUGUCUUGUAAUGUCACGAGUCAACCAUGAUACGAGUUCUUUGGGUUUUAAGAGGUUUUAGACACCACUUUGUAAUUCGCUUUCAGCAGUUGGGUUGGUUUUUACCCAACGACGAUAAGAUAAGGUACUCCUUCUUACUUUAGUCGAGAUCACUAGUCACCAACUGCGACGUGCUUCCAAAGAUCCUCUGCAGUAUGUUAACUAUGUUCGGUAUUUCCCAUGUACUGCAACGUGGGUUCUGUACUCCUGAUCUCUACUAUCCCCAAUCUUUAAAAUAUUCAUUUUAAACCUGCCCAUUUGUGUAAUUUAGAUCGAUCAACAUUGUUGUUUUGCUGCUCGUGACGCGACGCCACAGUUUAGUUUGUUUUUUACCGGCCUUGUUAAACUCUGAAUGACGGAAACAUUGGUUGUGUGUCUAGAUGUAUUUUAUACAUGUACACAGCCAAGUGUGCAAAUAAAGUUUCUUGUACCGAG